ACUCAUAGCAGUACGAGAGGCCAGGAUAGAUCUGGUUCAGACCGGUUGGAGUACGUACUUCACCCAGAACCAUUCACCUGAACUGGACCUCUUAUGACCGUGGAUAGCUAACUCACGUUGGACCUUUCGUUGGACUCUCUAUCUCGUUCAUUUUGGGAUUCAGCCUGGUUAACGUAAAACUCUAGUGUUUCUGCGGUUCAAACGCUCCGGCCAUGAGUUUUUUCGGGUACCGCAGAGAGUUGAGUAAGUACGAAGAUGUCGAUGAAGACGAGCUUCUGGCUUCCCUCAGCCCUGAAGAGCUGGCCGAGUUGGAAAAGGAGCUCGUGGACAUCGAUCCUGACGCCAACGUGCCCAUAGGACUCAGACAGAAAGACCAGACGGACAAGACCCCGACGGGCACCUUCAGCAGAGAGGCCCUCAUGAAGUAUUGGGAAAAUGAGACCCAGAGAAUAUUGGAAGACGAGAUAGCUGGAGGAAGCCUCAAACCGGAUGAAGAACAAGAGGAGUGUGUGACAGAAGAAAACAGCGGGGAAGAGGAUGAAAAAGAUGUUGAAAACGAGAAAGAAGACAAGAAGGAGAAGGAAGAGGAAGAAGAGGAGGAGCCGGAUGAAGAAGAAGAAGAAGAAGAAAGUGAGGAAGAGGAAGAAGCUGUAACAGAGGAGGAGGAAGAAGAUGAGGAGGAGGAGGAGGAGGAGGAAGAAGAAGAUGAAGAGGAGGAGAAGGAACAGAAUAACAAAUCUGAGCCUGAACCCUCAAAGGAUUUUGGGGCGCUGAGUUCAGCCCCAAUGCUACUGAGGCCACAGAGGGCGGAGCCUAUUAGACUGACUCCUCCCCCUCCACCUGCCGACCCCAAUGCCACCGGAAACCCCACCGUUGUUGACGAAGCUCUUCAACAAGCUUUGAACAACAGCCCUGAACUCACGGAGGUCAAUCUCAACAACAUUGAUGAUAUCUCUCAGGAAACCCUUAUCCGAUUUGCUGAAGCGCUGAGGUCCAACACACACGUCCGGGUCUUCAGUCUGGCGAACACUCACGCUGAUGACCCUGCGGCUCUGGCCAUUGCUAAGAUGUUGAGGGAGAACUCGUCCAUCACCAGUCUGAAUAUAGAGUCCAACUAUGUGACUGGGAAGGGCGUGAUGGCACUGGUUCAAGCUCUUCCUGGGAACAACACCCUGACCGAGCUUCGCUUCCACAAUCAGAGACACAUGUGUGGAGGACAGGUAGAGAUGGAGAUGGUGAAGAUACUGAGGGAAAACAACACCUUGAUCAAGCUGGGAUACCAGUUCAACCUCCCUGGUCCCAGGAUGAGCAUGACGGGGAUCCUCACCAGGAACCAGGACCGCCAGAGGCAGAAACGUCUUCAGGAGCAGAGACUCCAGCAGCAGGGGGCGCCAGAGGGAGCCGGAUACCCCAGAACCAACGCACUGAAAGGAACCUCAUCACCUUACAGCUCACCCAGAGCCUCUCCUUGGUCCUCACCCAAACUCAACCGCAGCGACCUGGUUAAAAAACAAACUCCUCCGCCUCCUCCACGACCUCCGCCUCCUCCUCCUCCUCCUCCACCUCCUCCUCCACUGCCACAGGAGAAGAAGAAACCCACCAGGAUGAUUGCGGAGGUCAUCAAGGCACACGAGGCGGGCGGCAAGAAGGUGAAGAAGACGAAGGGUAAGAAAGGCAAGAAAGGGAAGGAGGAGACGAGCAGCAUCCUGAAGGAGCUGAAGAACGCCCUGAGGCCAGUGAUGGUGGAGCGGAGGGGGGAGGAGGGCAGCCGGCCGUCCACACCAAUGAGGUCCGCCCACGACCAGCUGAUGGAGUCCAUCCGAAACAGAACCGGCGGCAGCCUGAAGCGGGUGGAAAUCCAACAUCACCUACGAUAAAACAAGCAGACGUACAGUACAGAGGGCUGUUGGAUGCCAUGCUGCCGAAUGAUGACCCUGGAGGGAUAGAAACACAAAAUGGGAUGCUAAGUAGGCAAAAACUGAAUUCUUACUCAUGAAAAAAUAUAUAUUUACUGGUAAUUUGCACUGCAGUUAUAACUUUACAUGUUUUGUUUUUUUUACGUAUUUACACAUAGAAAUGAAAUAAUGUACCUGUUUAUUGAUAAGCUUUCAAAUUCAAUGUUUUCUUGUAAAAUUGUAAAUAUGUUGUUGGUUGAAUUAUGUAUUCAUUUCUUAAUAUAGCCAUUUGGUGUUUACAUUACUUCUUGUCAGUGUCUAUUCUGUCUUCUUCUUUGGUUUCUGGAUGAGGUCCAUUUCAAAGAAAAGGGUCACGCUGUUAUGUAGCAGAGUUUUUUCUUCUUCAUUAUCAGUGAGUCAGUUUACUGGUCAAGCAGCACUCAUGCAUAUUCCCACUGAGACACACUCACAAUACACCCACUCCUGUCAGAGCGCGUUAGAGCACGGCUUUUGCUGUGUUACUGUGUUUGAACAAUUCACAAAGCAUGACGAGUGAAGGGAGAGAAUAGACACUCACUGCUAUUAACACUGACAGAGAUGAGACACAAAUCACAAGAUCACAUUUGGAGCAGCUACUGGGUGACGCUACACUACAUAAUGAAUAAAAACCAAGACUGUGACACUGUAGAAAUAUCUGUUUUAGGGCUAAAUAUACUUAA